GCCUUUCGCCAGUAUGAGGUCGCCGCCAGACGCUCUGGUCCUUCUUCUACUGCUGCAGCUGCUGAGUAGUAGCGUGCGCGGCUGCAUCCACCACCAAGUGCUCGAGACCACGACAAGCGUCACGGCGCCGCAGACGUACGGUCGACUCCGAGGCCACCGCAUGCUGCAGGACGCACCGCCGAAUUCUCUCUACAAGCCGCUCCGGCUGCAAACGCAUUUUGACAAUGCGACGAUCUCGCAGCUCUCGUCGGCGAGCCAAGUGUUUUUGACGCAAUUCCUCGUGCCCGCGGCGGUGUCGUUCUGGUCGCAAGCCCUCCACGUCGUGCCGGUCGUCGAUGGCCUCGCUGCCACACGCACGUGCACGGGCACCUCGGGUGCUGGCUGCACCUCGGUGCAAGCCAACCAGCUCUGCGUCGACAUGCCGAUUCCGGAGGCCCACUUUGCACCGACGCCACUCUGCAACGCCAGUGGCGUCUGCUCCACGAUUCUCGGCGAGACGAACACGCCGAUUCCCAACACGGACAUGCUGCUGUACGUGCGCGCGGCGACGACGACCAGCUGCGUCAGCAACGUGCUCGCGUACGCCGCGUCGUGCCAGCGCGACCAACUGGACCGGCCGAUCUUUGGCAUGAUCAACUUUUGCCCGAAUUUCAUCAACCCGUCCCAGCGCGCCGGCCCGAUCUUCAACCAGCAGCUCACGACCGCGAUGCACGAGAUGGCCCACGCCCUCGGCUUCUCAGCGUCGUCGUACCCGCUCAUGAGGCUUCCCGACGGCACGCCACGCACGCCGCGCGCCACCGGUGGUCGCACGGGCCCGACGGUGCCGAUGCCGGGUGUCUGCAACGGCGCGACGACGAGGACGACCAGCAGCGUCUUUCCGAGCAACUCGACGAUCGUCUACCGAACGCUGCGCGGGCGGUCGGUGGCGACGAUGGUGACACCGGCCGUCGCCCGGUUUGCCCAGCAUUUCUUCAACUGCUCGACCGUGCCCGGCGCCGACCUCGAGAACAACGACCCCGCCUGCCUCGGCUCGCACUGGGAGGAGCGGCUCUUCUCGCUCGAGAGCAUGUCGCCGGUCCUCAACUACAAUGGAAAUGCGUUCACGGCGCUGACGCUGGCCUUCUUUGAAGACACGGGGUGGUACCAGCCCAACUACACGCUCGCGACGCCCUUGUACACGGGCAUGAACCAAGGCUGCGGCUACACCACGGCGCCGUGUCUUGCCAACGGCGCGACCGUCGACAGCGACGUGUUUUGCUCGAGCAUGACGGAGGCGUGUGCGCCGGCGCUGCUCGCACGCUCCAACUGCGCGCGGGCCAACUACACGAGCGCACUGCCGUCGAUCUACCGGUACUUUCCAACCAUCACGGACGGCGGCACCAACAUGUACGCCGACUAUUGUCCGCUCAACGCGGGGUACACCAACGGCGACUGCAGCUUUGCCUCGAACCUGCUCAAGCUGCCGUGGAGCACGAUUCCCGCGCUCGGCGAGGUCUAUGGCACGGCGAGCCGGUGCGCCCUCACGACGCUGCGGCAGAGCGACAUGAAGGGCGCGACUGUCCAUGGCCGGUUCGCAGGCUGCUACGCCAUGCGCUGCAAUGCGUCGACGACACCACCGACGGUUCUCAUCACGGUGGCGCAGACAGCGUCCGUUUCGGUCGUUGUGACGUGUGCCGAGAAAGGCCAGGCCGUCGCCGUGCCGGGGUUCACCGGCGCGAUCUCGUGUCCAGACCCGUUUGUCGUUUGCAACCUCGGUAGCUGCACACCGGGCUGCGACGACACGGCCAUGUGCAUCAACGGGCGCUGCGUGUCGGCGACGACGAUAACGCCGGUGUCGUCGACGCCGCCAGCGACAACGACGUGCGUGCCGGCGUCGACAUCGAUGCCGGUAGGCGGCCCUGUGCCAGCAAGCGAUCCGACGUCGGACUUUACGCCGACGCCCGUGACGACAUUGACGAGCGGCAGCAGCUCGGACAACCCGACGUUGCCCAUUACGCUCGACCCGCCGACGACGAAUGGGACGACAUCACCACCGGGCGACACACUACAGACGGGUGGCGCACCUCGCACAUCAGCACCUCGACUGCUUGGGCUUCUGUCCGUACUUGGCGCCAUCCACUACGGCCUGUAGGUUACAUGAAUCGAGUUGCCCCCAUUUUUGAAUAUAUUGCCAAUUCUGAUCUUUCCAAC